GUCGGAAUCACCGGUAAAUACGGUACCCGUUAUGGUGCCUCUCUCAGAAAGACCGUCAAGAAGAUGGAAAUCACCCAACACAGCAAGUACACCUGUACUUUCUGUGGUAAGGAUGCUGUCAAGCGUACUGCUGUUGGUAUCUGGAAGUGUAAGGGUUGUAAGAAGACCUUAGCUGGUGGUGCUUACACCGUCUCUACUACUGCUGCUGCCACUGUUCGUUCUACCGUUCGUCGUCUCCGUGAAUUGGCUGAAAUCUAA